CUAUUAGUGUUUCGUCUACUGACCGAUCGGCUAGUGGGCGAGAGCGAAUGGCCACCCAAAUCGCCCCGUGCGGCGAUGCUGAGUUCCCCAGGCGGACGACGCAAGUACGAGGAUAUGCAGCGCCGGCGUGAGAAGAUGUCGCCCUUGAAACGUUCAAGCACAACCCCAAACAUCCGGUCGAAAGCCGCACAGAUCUUGGAAGAGGAUGAGGAAGUGGACGAAGAUGACGAGGAAGACGAGGAGACGCUGGCUCUCAAACUCGAAGAAAUCAAGGCUCGACUCAAGCUGAAGCAGCUCCAAAAGAACCGCGGCAGAUCUGGUUCAAACCAGAGCACUGCCCGCCCAUCUUCUGCUAUCAGCGCCUCCUCGUCGAGGGGAAAAAGAAAGGCGGGUGCAGAUGGGGUUCAGGUUCCUGUGUCUCCUACGAAACGAGCAGCUCCGGCUGCCAAUCCGGCGUCACCGCGAAGAUAUCUGAUGGGCAUUGAUAAGGGUUGGAAAGCCAGCGAUGUGUCGCUGAAGCGGGCUCCUAGAAAUGAUCAACUUGGACGUCGACCCAGUGAUCUUUCUUCUCCGGCUGGACUCAGCAAGAUCAAAAGUUUCAGUGAAAGAAUGGCUGAAGGGCGAGAAGCCGAGAAGUCUCGCAUGGAACGAGCAGCCAAGUUGCAGGCUAAGCGCAGCUCAGGUUUCCAGUUGGACAAAGGCGAGAUGGAAGCAUUUAAGACUGCAGCUGCCGAAACCAAGCAUUCACCGCCAUCGUCAGCAGCCAGUUACCGACAAGUAGAAAGUUUCAGCCGUGAAGAUAUCCUGCGGUCUCUAGGUAAGUCCCGUCCAUUGGGUAUCAAGCGCAGCCAGACGACGCCAAACAUGCGACGAACGGAGAACAACAGCGAUGACAGCCAAGGACGAUCUCCAGUACACACACGAAACCAUACUGCGGAAUCAGAAACAGUGUCAUCUACACACGAGGAAGAGGCCAAGGCGCCUGAUCCAUCCAAAUUCGAGUCCUACUCAUCCUUGCAUCUUUCAAACCGCAUUCUACCCCAUUCUUUCUUGAGCCGAAACCUGGCUAGCAAAACCAUCCUCCGCAUUCCCGAUCUCCUCAAAACAGUGAAAGCGCCCGCUUUCGAGCUUCCGGAAGAAGUGGAUGGAGACUUCGUCGUUUUUGGGAUAGUGGCAUCCAAAUCCAACCCGAAGGAUAUAAAACGUUCGGGGAAUGCGACUGCCAAAGAAGCAGACCCUUACGAUGAUGGCCGCAACAACACAAAUAGAUACAUGGCGAUCACUCUGACUGAUUUGAAGUGGACGAUUGACCUCUUCCUGUUUGACACGGCCUUUCCUCGUUACUACAAGAUCUCGGAAGGAACCUUGAUCGCCAUCUUAAACCCCACGAUCAUGCCUCCACCAAAACACAAGCUGGAUACCAACCGUUUCAGUCUCGCGUUAUCAUCCUCAGACGACAAGGUCCUGGAGAUAGGGUAUGCUCGAGACAUUGGAUUUUGCAAAGCCGUGAGAAAAGACGGCAAGACAUGCCAGACUUGGGUGGAUGGCCGAAAGACAGAAUUUUGUGAUUUCCACGUUGAUGUUCAGGUGCGGCGAACCCAGGGCCAUCGCUCGGGUGUCAAUAGCGGGUCCGGUACCUACGGUCCUGGCGGCCGAUCCGGCUCACGAACCGGAUAUUUCGGCAGUGAAGGAGGCAGCAAGAAAGGAGGUGGCCGAGGUGGUGACGCAUCCAAGCAAGGCCUCAAGCAAGAAGGCCCCCAGUACCAUUGGGGAACGCAAUCUACAUACUAUGUGGCGCCGGCGCCCAAAAACCGAGGCGCUGGCCGUUCCUCUUUCAACCCCGUUGCUGCUGGACAGUCCGCAGCGAACUUGCUGGACAACGUCAGCGACGACCCCUUCAUCGCGGCCGGCAUGAUGGGCCGCGGAACAGACAGCAAAGAAGAGCGCCUCCGCAAACGCCUGGCAACGCAGCAGCGCGAGCGCGAUAUCACCCAGAAACUGUUCUCCAACCGUGUCGGCGGCGUGGGCGCCGAGUAUCUUCGCGCGCGCACCGCCAACACCGAGACAUCCGAGGAUGCGCAGGACAAGACGCCCGGAGGAACUCCAACUACUCCGAAGCUGCCCUCAUCCAGCGCCAGUGCCUUGAACCUGUCCAGUUUCGGGAAGGCGCAGAAUGUCCGGUUGAGUCCAAUGAAGCGCGCUCGUGAUCAACCCCAUGGCAGUGGAGUUAAGAAGACGCGGUUUGUUACUGCGAAGGGGAUCAGGGAGGCGGGCCGGGAUAGUCUGGGUGGGCCGCCUGAGGCUGGUCAGGCUAGCAAUCCAUUCUCGGAUAGUGAGGAUGACUUGGAUAUUAUUUGA